CAUGGUCCACGAUUAUGUGCAGCCGAAUGAUUCAUCUCCUGGGCACACCUGGGGUCACCCGUAGCGUGUUUCCCCAGAUACUAGCGAAUGCCUCAUCCCCUGACUGCACUGGGGACGGGAAGCUCGGUGAUCUAUAUAGGCUCGUUCGAGAUUCGAUAUCUGAGGGAGAUUCUCCACCUCAGCUUCGUCCUUUUUGCCAGACAUAUUUCUCAUAUCCGCAGUCAUGUCGGAUAUUGUGAUUGAAGGAGAAAAAGAGUCUUCGUCUACCGUGGAGCAUACACAGGGCCUUUCGAAGACUUUGACGUUGCCUGACGAUGAAGCACCCGUUGCCAGAGGCAUUGACGCGGAGGAAAUUCCCGCUGGAUACUGGUUAUCAUUCAGAUUUCUCGGCUCGGUAGCAAGCAUUGUCUUGCUUGCGGUCUGUCUUUACAUAGGAUUUUCUCUUCCGGCUAGCUGUUUGGCAGUGAUCAAUGCGGAUUUGGGUCCAUCGCCAAUCUACAUUUUCAUCACAACGGCUGGAUCUUUGAUUUCUGGCGUUGGGCUCCUCCUUGUCGGUCGUCUCGGUGACAUCGUUGGUCGCCGUUACUUCCUUAUUGGAGGCCAGAUAUUCGGCGUAGUCGCAGGCAUCAUCUCUGCCAAAGCAACCUCGAUCAACAUGUUAAUCGGUGGAUCGGUCUUGAUGGGCUUCUCCACCACUGUUCAGCUCACCUUUCCUUAUGUUAUCCAAGAGUUGAUUCCAAACAAAUACCGAGGUUGGGCACAAGCUGGCAUGAUCGUUGGCACGCUGCCAUUCUCGGGAUUCUCUCCUAUCAUCGCUCGAGUGUUGAUUACACGGACAGCCCUUGGGUGGAGGUGGUGCUAUAUCCUGUACGCCAUCUUUUGUGGCCUUUCCUUGAUACUUCUCAUCUUCUGCUACUUCCCACCGAAUCUGCAUCAACUUCAUCGCAGUCUGACCCGACUCGAGGAGCUGAAACAGCUCGAUUACAUUGGCAUAAUUCUGUACGGUGGCGGCAUCUUGUUGCUUCUGCUUGCCCUUGCUUGGGGAGGCUCUGCCUAUACGUGGACAAGCAGCCAUGUUUUGGCCACGCUCAUAGUGGGAUGCUUACUUCUCGUUUUGUUUGGCUUGUACGAAACCUUUUUGCCACCAAAGCAACCGUUGUUGCCCGUCAGAAUCUUGAAGAAUCGCAAUUACCUUGCUGUUGUUGUGGCCGGUUCAGUUGGCCAGAUGGUUUUCGUCUGCCUCUCAGUACUAUGGCCUGCCGAAGUAGGAUCACUGUUCACCACAGACAAUGUCAAGAUUGGGUGGAUAAGUAUCACAUCGGGUCUGGCAUUGGCCGUGGGAGAAAUCGUCAUCGGUCCAGUGUUCAAGGCUAUCGGCCACGCCAGGUGGCAGUUGAUUUUCUCCUGCGUGGGCUUGACUGCGACUCUAGGAGGAAUGGCCGCCAUUGACCAGUCUAAACUUGGUGCUGGUAUUGCGCUAACACUAUUGGCUGGGUUCUUCACGGGAUGGAUGGAACUCAUCGUUCUGGUUAUGAACGGCCUGGUCCAUCAACCUCGAGACCUAGGUCUCGCUAAUGGGUUUUUGGGCUCUGUUCGUAAUACCGUGGGCGUUGUUUCCGUGAGUAUCUAUGUCGCCAUCCUUGACCAUCGGCUUGUGGUCAAUUUACCGGCGGAUGUUAGCUCUGCAGCUGUCGGAGCAGGGCUUCCCAAAGCUGAAGUGGGAUCAGUGCUUGCCGCCAUCGCCAACGGUACUGCGGCAGCUCUUGAGGCCGUACCCGGAAUGACACCUAGGAUCGAGGCAGCGAUAGCCGACGGAGUCAAGACCGCCUACUCGUCCAGCUUCAAGACUGUAUAUCUUGCCAGUCUUGCCUUUGGUGGAUUAGCUGUCGUCGCAGCAUUAUUUUCAGAGGACAUUGAUCAUCUUAUGACCGGCUACGUGAAUCGCAGAAUCAGGGGAACAGUGGCGACAGCAGGAAUCACAGAGGAAGAUCAGGUGCCAGAGACCCAGACCAAAGCGUAAAGUGCAACCUGAAUCUACCAGAGCGGAGGCAAUUAGUUGUGGCAAAGCAUACAUGCAACGACAAGGGUAU